GCACCGAUCGUCGAUCAUUAGCUCGGGAACGGUGGCAACGCAAACACACAUUCGACGCGCCGCGAACUAAAAUUGAAUAAAAAUAAAACAAAACAAAAUACGUCGUACAAAAUCUAUAUCUUACGAUUGAAAAAAAAAAUCAUUAUCAUCAUCUUUAACAGCAGCAGCAGAAAAUUCGUCUUUUUCCUAUAAUUAUUGGAUUAUAUCCAUUGUGCGUGGCCAAAAAAUUCUACAAAAAUACAUACAUCUAUUUUUUUUUCUACAAAAGACACCAAUAGCGUGAUCUAAGUGUAACAAAAGUUUCAAAUCAAUCAAAUCUAUCGGCGAGAUACAUUUUGUUCUCAAACAAAUUGUGAAAGACGCCGUUUUGCGGCGGGCAAAAUAUCUACGGAAUCAAAAUUCAGAUUUCAGGCGACAUGACCACCUCGCACAUUUUAUCCGCCGUGGAUCCAACAACCGGGCUUAAUGGAAAUGUGUCAGCCGCCGGUGGUGGUAGCGGCAAUGGAGGCGGAGGCGGUGGCGGCGGCGUUUCACCACAACAUGCAAACCACAAUGGACAUGGACAUGGUGGACAUGUGGGACACGUUGGACAUGGUCAUGGACUAAGUGGUGUAGGUGGCGGCGGCGUUGUGGCUGUAGCUGUCAGUGCCUCUGGUGGUAAUGGCAUUGGUCAUCGUGUGGUCGGUGGUGCCGGUAGUCCCAAUGAAUUGGAUCGCAAUCUGCGUGUCUCAUUGGAUGAUCGUGAGUUAUGGUUGCGGUUUCAGAAUCUCACCAACGAGAUGAUCGUCACCAAGAAUGGGAGACGCAUGUUUCCAGUGGUUAAAAUCAGCGCCUCUGGCUUAGAUCCGGCUGCCAUGUAUACGGUCCUCUUAGAGUUCGUACAGGUCGACACACAUCGCUGGAAAUAUGUCAAUGGCGAAUGGGUACCUGGCGGCAAGGCAGAAGUUCCACCCUCAAAUCCCAUAUAUGUACACCCAGAAUCACCCAAUUUCGGUGCACAUUGGAUGAAGGAACCCAUCUCGUUUGCCAAAGUCAAAUUGACAAACAAAACCAAUGGCAACGGACAGAUAAUGCUGAACUCGCUACACAAAUAUGAGCCACGAGUGCAUCUUGUUCGUGUCGGGUCCGAGCAGCGUCAUGUGGUGACCUAUCCAUUUCCCGAGACGCAAUUUAUAGCCGUUACAGCGUAUCAAAAUGAGGAGGUUACCUCACUGAAAAUCAAGUACAAUCCCUUCGCCAAGGCUUUUCUCGAUGCCAAAGAACGUCCGGAUACUCUCUAUCCGCACGACACUCACUACGGCUGGCUAAUCCCGCCGCCAACACACUAUGCCAGCGCCGCUGCAGUCGCUGCCCCACCACCUUUGCCGAUGGCCCAGACCCACAGUCUAGUGGCUGCUGCCCCAUCGUCGCAUUCUGUCUCAUCAUCGGCCACAAUUUCAUCUGCCACAUGUGAUCGUUAUGGCCGUUCGCUCUCGAGCUCACGUAGUGUUGCCAACAGCACUCGCACUACCCCGUACAGUAGGCCACGCGUAGUCUCCGGCUCUGGAUCGAAUGGCAGUGCGGGCAAUGUUUCAUCCUCAUCCCCGCAACCGCCAUCGGCACCACAGACCCCAACGAGUUUGCACUCAUCGACAGGAUCCGUGACCACAAGCGUAAAUAGCAGCAGCAGCAGCAGCAGUGCAGGUGCAGGUGGUUUGGGCUGCUAUAGCAGUUCCGCCUAUACCCAGUCGUCGGUGGCAUCAACAUCAUCAUCGUCCGCGGCAGCUGCAUCGUUUAUGCCCGUUGAGGCCAGCAGUUCUACAGCAUCUGUCUUCUCGUAUCCCAGCAGUUGGCAGAGCAAUGGCAACUAUUGGAAUCCCACAAGUGUUCCUGGUCCUAUGCCCAUGCAGACAUUCUGCAGUAGUCGGAAUAUAUCCACACAUAAUUCACCAUCGCCAACGAACGGUUCACCAAGCUAUACAACACCAUCGCCUGGCUAUACUAUACACCAUUUGACUCCGCACAGUCAUCAGUACAAUUCGGGACAAGCGGAUCUCUAUGCUAGUGGUGCUACUGCGUCGAGUUCACCACAAACGGCCUAUGGCUCGGCCACCCAUCAGAUGUACCAUCCAACACCCACCUCACCCUCGCAUCAAUUGUACACGAAUGUGUUGAAUGCACCCUCAGCUUUAAGCUAUCCGACAAGUGGCUGCUGGCACAAUGGUUCGGGCGCCGAAUACGGAUUAUAUCAGAAUCCUGCUGCAGCCUACUAUCAGCCGGAGUAUAUACCCCUAGAAAUUGGUUAUGCCACCACUCAUCCCCUGGAGCCGGUGGAUGUAACGAAAUCGCUUGAAGAUCCCCAAUCCGCAGCCAUGUAUAAACCAUCUGAAGAGCAGAGCUCGGUCAUCACCCUAGAGUGUGCGGCUGCCACAAGUGCAAAUUUAAAAUCGGUGCAUGGCGACAACAUCAAACUGGAAUCUACGACAUCAUCGUUGGACCAUUCGAUAGAUCGCAGUGCUGUUGUCGGAGGUGUUGUGACUGCACCAACAGCUGUGCCCACAUCGGUUGUCACAGCGGCAGUCAGCGCCGAUACUUGGACACCAUUGACUCCGCCCCAAAGCACUUUGCAAUGAUGAUGGACACACAAUAUAUAUAUAGAGGACCACAGCCCUUAGACGCAUGACCUUCCAGCACUUCUAUACCCCAUCAUUCGCCCCCGUAAUCUUUUUCCAUAUUCCUGAUCGUAUUAGAUGUAAAAAAAAAACAGUUUUUAAAAUUUCCCCUCUUACUCUCUCUCUCUCUCUCUUACACUCUCUAUCUCUUUCUUAUACAUAUUAGUAGAUACUUAGAUUGAUUGACUUAUGCUGUAAAACAUCUUCCUAUAAUUGUUUAAUCAAAAGUAAAUAUAAAUAUAUAUAUAUAUAUAUUAUCUCAAUUAGUAACCAUUUAUCCUUAAUCUGGACAAUACGAACCCUCAGGACGUAUAAGAAACAUUGUAGCAAAUAGAUUCCAGAUUUAUAAAAUAAAAGAAAUAAACAAAAA